UGCAUGUAAGUAAGACAGAGCAAGUGAAUUAAGGUAGCUUGCUAUGGCUUCCAACCCAGGAAUCCUCACUGAUUGGCCAUGGAAACCUCUUGGGAACUUUAAGUACUUGAUAUUGGCACCGUGGGCAAUACACAGCAUAUAUUCCUUCACAGUGAAGGAAGAAGGUGAAAGAGACCUGGGUUACUUGCUCAUACUCCCAUUUCUCCUAACAAGGAUGCUUCAUAACCAGAUCUGGAUCUCUCUUUCUCGUCAUCGAACUGCCAUAGGCAAUAACAGGAUCCUCGACAAGGGCAUCGGUUUCGAUCAAGUUGAUAGAGAAAGAAAUUGGGAUGAUCAGAUAUUGUUCAAUGGGGUUAUAUUCUACAUAGGUCACAAGACAAUUGAACAAGCAUCUCACCUUCCAAUUUGGAGAACAAGUGGUGUGAUAAUCACAGUUUUGCUUCAUAUGGGUCCAGCUGAGUUCCUCUACUAUUGGCUUCACAGAUUGCUUCAUCACCAUUUUCUCUACUCUCGCUACCAUUCACAUCACCAUUCCUCCAUUGUCACCGAGCCAAUCACCUCCGUGAUACAUCCGUUUGGAGAGCAUAUAGCGUAUUUCAUGCUGUUCGCAAUACCAUUGUACACAACAGUAGUAACAGAGACUGCUUCAAUUGUAUCAUUCGCUGGUUACAUCUCCUACAUUGAUUUCAUGAACAACAUGGGUCACUGCAACUUCCAACUCAUCCCAACUUGGCUUUUCUCUAUAUUCCCUCCACUCAAGUAUCUCACCUACACCCCUUCGUUUCACUCGCUACAUCACACCCAGUUUCGCACAAAUUACUCUCUUUUCAUGCCCUUUUAUGAUUACAUAUACAACACCAUGGACAAGUCUACGGAUAAUCUCUAUGAAGCUUCACUUGAACGACAACAAGACACGCCUAAUGUGGUCCACUUAACCCAUCUAACCACACCACACUCCAUCUAUCAUCUUCGUAUUGGGUUUGCUUCACUGGCCUCAAACCCGGCCCAUUCGGUUCAAACUUGGUAUUCCUGGAUUCUCUGGCCCAUCACUUGUUGGUUCGCACUACUCACUCACUUCUUGGACGGGACUUUUGUUCUUGAGAGGAACACCUUCAAGAAUCUCAACUUGCAAUCUUGGGUGGUCCCCAGAUACACUAUUCAGUUUUUCAUGGAAAGACAAAGAGGAGCUAUCAAUGAAAUGAUUGAAGAAUCAAUACUAGAGGCAGAUAAGAGAGGUGUUGAGGUUCUAAGCCUUGGGCUUCUAAACCAGGGGGAGGAUUUGAAUGAGAAUGGAGAGCUUUAUGUGCAAAGAAACCCAGACCUGAAAGUAAAGGUGGUUGAUGGGAGUAGCCUUGCCGCCGCGGUCGUGCUGAAUACCAUACCAGAAGGAACAACACAGGUUCUUCUAAAUGGCAGACUCUCCAAGGUUGCUUUUGCUAUUGUUCAUGCUCUAUGCCAAAGAGGAAUUCAGGUUGCCAUCGUGAGUAUGAAAGACUAUGAGAAGCUUAAACCAAGGCUAAUCAUCAACGAUAACACUGAACAUGAACAUCUGGUUUUCUCAUCAAGUUAUGCUCAAAAGAUAUGGUUAGUGGGAGAUGGUUUGAGUAAGGCAGAACAACUUAAGGCACCAAAGGGAACAGUUUUCAUUCCUUACUCGCAAUUCCCUCCGAAGAAAGUUCGUAAAGAUUGCUUCUACCACUCCACCCCAGCAAUGAUUGUUCCCAAAUCAUUAGAGAAUAUGGACUCUUGUGAGAAUUGGUUGGCAAGGAGGGUUAUGAGUGCUUGGCGUGUAGCAGGAAUAGUGCAUGCCUUAGAAGGAUGGGGAGUAAACGAGUGUGGCCAAGCAAUGUUGAAGGUUGAAGAAAUUUGGGAAGCAACUCUCCAGCAUGGGUUUCUUCCUUUGCAAAUUAUUCCACCUUAAUUAAUUUGUUGUAACAAGACCACCUACGUACACUUCGGUCCAGCUAGCUAUUUCUAC